AUGAUUCUCUCCACAAGAAAGAAUCCGAAAGGCAAAAAUUCUUUGCUAGCAACUCUUCUUCUACUACUAGUUCUGUUAUCCCAUAAUCAUCAACACCUAUCGGUUGUAGUGAAUGGGUACUCUCCUCCUUCUCCUCCUCCCAAUCAAAUGGUUCUCAACCGUAUUCCCUUUCCAAAACUAGAAGUGUUGGAUCUGCCACCUGUCAACCAAUACUAUUAUCCAACGAUGUAUGCUGUGGAUACCGAUUACUAUGAUUUGUGUAUGUUAAAGAAAGAUCCUUCUCAAAUGCAACUAGCAGGAGGUGUGAAACCAUUGUUCACUCCAUUCGAAUUUUCGUGCGUGGAUUAUUUGUGUCCCGGCGAUACAAAGUUUGAUUUUACAAAUUCCACUCAACGAGAGAGUUUAUCAUUUAUUUUGAAUUAUUGCCUGUAUUGCAAUGAAACAGAAUCGCAGAUUUUCAGACAAGCUCUCAGGGAUGGAGAAUGUGACAGUAUGGAUUUUGUGAAUAACUUGGAAGUGUCACAAGAAUUUCAUAGUUCGAAAAAUAAUUCAGAAUUAUUGAGUUAUUUGAUGGAUGCUCAUUGUAAUCCAGAUAUUUCCUCUUCGGCGAGCGAGAGAAGAAAUUUGGGACUAUUUAACUCCAUGUUUUUCAGUUCGGAAAACUUUAAAAGUUCAUUUUAUAAUUAUAGAAAAAAGAAGAAUGCAUCUACGACCUUCGACACGGUGUUGACCACUGUAAACUUGACCGAUUUAUUUGAAUUUUAUUUUUCUGGAUAUUUGAAACAGAAUGUGACACAAUGGCACAUUCCCUUAAAUGCUCCUUUCACAUGUUGGUGUGAAUACUCGCCACAGGGAGAACAAGUUGGAUUUUAUGCUUUUCAAUGCUAUGACUUUUAUCAGAGCUACCAAAUACCAUUUGUCUAUCGAUUCUCCGUCGUAUUUUUUGCAGUUAUUUAUGCAAUCCUGUUUGUAGCACUUUCCUUUUUCAUUCUCAUUCCAAGAUUUGUGGAACGAGUGAAAUCGUUCAAAAAGAGAUCAGAUCUUCCUUUGGCAGCCUAUGGAAAAAAGAUUUUGAUAUUCUUUACACACUUUUUUGACAUUUUGGUUCAACCACCAGCAUUUUUCUGGAUUGCAACCAUUACUGGAUUUUUAGAGAAUUUAUUCAAAUUUAUUUUCAAUUUUUCAUCAGCCUUUGGCUUUUUAACCUCCUAUUUUACUGGAAUUGGAAGAGCAUUGACAACUGUUUUCAUGGUUUGUGGAUACAGUGCUCUUGUUAUUCAAUGGAGUCAUGCUAUUGAUUUGUACAAUAGAGCUUCCAAGAAUAUUGACGGAAAACUGUCAAUAUUUAAUAAGGUGAUUCUCACUGUAUUCUAUUGCUCUGUGAUUAUCACAAUCAUUAUUGCAGGCAUUGUGUUUGCAACUAUUUCCCAAUAUGGCUACGCUUGGAUUGUUUUGACCAUUGCAGUACUAGUUUUCCUUGUGACCUUUGUUGUUGGUUUUACCUUUUACGGAAUGAAAAUUCUAGUAACAUUACGAAAACAAUCAGACCGAGGUGUGUUCGAAUAUCGAUUCACAAAAUUCAUUCUAAUGACUACUGGAAUUUUUGUGUUUGGAUGGUUUGUUUGCUUUUUCACAUUACUGACCUAUGUCUUUGGUGCAGACGUCCUGUCUGUGUUUUAUGGCAUUACUCGAAAUAUCUUUCUAGAUACUUGUCUUUGUGUGGUGAUUUCCGUUUCAUCCUAUAUUACCUUUACUCCGGAUGCCUUCCGAAUGACGUAUGGAACAUGGCUUUUUGAAAAAGCGAGUUUGCUCAUGAUGUGUUGUAAGCCAGUAAGAAGUACGAGUAAUGAAACCGAUCAGGCUUCCAAUUUAUAA